AUGUCUCACCUAAAGUAUUACUCCUACGAGGGCGUCGGUGUGAGAAACCGAGAAAUAUUCGGUUAUAGCCAGGCCGUGCGCGUGGGAGACCGAAUUGAAUGCGCUGGACAAGGAGGCUGGGAUCCUAAAACUGGCGAAUACCAAAAAGACCUCAAUGCACAAAUUGACCAGGCCUUCGCCAAUGUUGAGAGGGCCUUGAAAGAUGCCGGUGGCAAGGGCUGGUCUCAAGUGUACCGCAUCAAUUCUUACCACGUGCCGAUUAGCAACCAGGCAUUGGAGGCCGUGACGAGGAAUAUCCGACAUUAUAUGCCUGGGCAUCAGCCGAUUUGGACAGCUGUAGGAGUGGCACGUCUAGCUGAGGAUGAUAUGCUCAUAGAAAUUGAGGUGGUUGCGCAUGAUCCGGAAGGCGCACAGGAGGCCUCGAAACUAUGA